UUGGACCAAAAUAUUAUGGGAGCAGUUUUUAUUAUAUCUGAAGGAGAGAUAUUACUUUGGAAAGAAGUUGAUAUUAGUAAUGACUUUAAAAAGACUCAUGAUCAAAAAGCUCAUCUUAAAAGAAAGUUUAAAUAUAAACCAAAGCCUAUUCCACAGAUCAAAAACCAAGUGGUUGUCCAAGAUCCAGAGGCCAGGCCAGGCCCCACAACCCAAACCUAUAGAGAGGAACAAACAAUUAUUCAAUCUAAUAUAAACCAAAAAAAAUAUGCCCCAGAAAACCAUUUCGAUCAAUUUAUGAAGUAG